AACAGACGAGCUUGACGGAUUAUGUGGACAUUUCGGUGAGCGAAAGCAGCUGCUUUCUAAUAAUUUAUUCGGGGUUUAUACACUCGUGGAGAGAAGGGAGUCACCUUAAAAUGAAGCGCUGACAGUUUAAAGGGAAGUCAGUGUCAUUAAAUGUACAUUUAACUGUACGUAUUAAGAGCUGAGCAACAAUGAUGUCAGAAUGCGACCCGACAGAGACAGAGAGCGGCGGGUCCGGGCUGGACACCGGAGCAGCAGCGGGGUCUGCUUCAGACACUAACUUUCACUCCUCACACCCUCCCAAGGUGUUAUUUGACAGGAAUGGGAUAGGGUUGGGACUCGCGGGGAACCCCGGAGCCGCCGUUCGUAUCUCUAACUCUUGUGAAAGCGUCCUGACCGAGCUGGAGACGGACGGCUCCGGGGAAGAGACGCUGCUGUUGCCGUGCUUAGCAGGAAGCUCGUCCCCGCGGGAUGGACGAGAGAAGAGGAGCAGGCGGAGCAGACACAGCUCCUCGUCGGAUAAAGACACCUUGGCCUCCCCAGGUACCAGCAGUGGAGACUUCAACCAUUUCCCUGAUGAUCCAGAGUUUGCAGAUAUUAUUCAAAGGGCAGAACAAGCUAUCGAGAACGGCGUCUUUCCAGAGAGGAUUUCCCAGGGUUCCAGUGGGAGCUACUUCGUCAAAGACCCAAAAGGGAAAGUCAUUGGUGUUUUCAAACCAAAGUCAGAGGAGCCUUAUGGUCACCUGAACCCCAAAUGGACCAAAUAUUUUCAUAAGCUGUGCUGUCCGUGUUGUUUCGGUCGAGGCUGCUUGCUGCCUAACCAGGGUUACCUCUCAGAGGCUGCUGCCUCACUGGUUGAUACCAAGCUGGGACUGGGAGUGGUGCCCAAAACCAAGGUGGUGUAUCUGGCUAGUGAGACGUUCCACUACAGCGCCAUCGACAGAGCCAAAUCCAGGGGGAAGAAGUACGCCUUAGAGAAAGUCCCUAAGGUGGGACGACGCUUCCACAGAGUGGGCCUCCCACCAAAGGUUGGCUCCUUCCAGCUCUUCGUGGAGGGCUACCGUGAGGCGGACUACUGGCUGCGGCGCUUUGAGGCUGAGCCGCUGCCAGAGAACAUCAGGAAGCAGCUGCAGUCCCAGUUUGAGCGGCUGGUGGUGUUGGAUUACGUUAUUAGAAACACAGAUCGAGGGAACGACAACUGGUUGAUCAAGUAUGAAAAACCAGGAGGAGGAGGAGGAGGAGGAGGAGGAGAAGGAGAGAAGGAUGCAGAGUGGCCAGAGAGCAGCUCCGACUCCUGCAGCAAGAUCGCAGCAAUAGACAACGGCCUGGCCUUCCCCUUUAAACACCCGGACGAGUGGAGAGCCUACCCGUUCCACUGGGCAUGGCUCCCCCAGGCUAAGGUGGCCUUCUCCCAGGAGACCAGAGAACUGGUGCUGUCCCGCCUCUCCGACAUGAACUUUGUCCAGGACCUCUGUGAGGACCUCUAUGAGAUGUUCAAGACGGAUAAAGGCUUUGACAAAACCAUGUUUGAGAGACAGAUGUCUGUUAUGAGAGGACAGGUGUUGAACCUGACCCAGGCGCUGAAAGACGGGAAGAGCCCCAUCCAGCUGGUGCAGAUGCCCCGGGUGGUGGUGGAGCGCAGCCGCUCCGGCGGCCAGGGACGCGUGGUCACGCUGGGCAACGCCUUCACACAAACCUUCCACUGCAAGCGCCCCUUUUUCUCCUCCUGGUAGUCAGAGACGUGUGAAGGGGGGGGGGCAGCCGAGGAGAGAUCUGCAACAGCUCUUUUUCUGUCCUGAAGUCAGGAAGACGUGAAUAUCACACUGCUCAUAUUUCUUUGGCGAGAGGAGAAAUGAAGACGAAGACACGGUGGGUAGAAAAGUAAAAGAUGAAACUUGGCUUCUGCCCAUCGUUCAGUUAGUGAAGAGAAGCUGCAGAGAUUGGCAUACCAGUGUCUCCUAGAGACCUUGGGGCUGUUUCUGGUUGCUAUGGUGACUUGAUUGGAUAAUCGGCUUUUCCACAGAGGUGGGCUUUGUUUAUUGUUAGGAGGCAGAAAAGAUUUUUUUUUUUUUUUUUUUUUACCCACCCAAAGUACCUACUGAAGUCUCUUGCAAGGUCUCUUAGUGGGGCUAAUGGCCAAAGAAGAAGAAGAAGUACUUAGAAACCACAAACUACCAGAUCUGUGGUUCACUAUGUUUGGGAAUCUUAAGAACUCUUCAGAAAGCUUUUCUUUUUUUUUUUUUUCUUCCCAAAAUCUGGGACAGCGCAGUUCCUAGUGAGGGAUAAAAUCCCGAGCUAAUUGCUUUGCCUUGUAGGAGUACUUAUUAAAUGCACUUGCACUGCUGGAAGUGUCUGACUGGUUCUGCAGAACUGGGUCGAACCGCUUUUUACCCAGUGUUAGUUUAAAAACCACAUCUGUUGAACAAACACAACCAGUGUCUUCAACUCUCACUACUGCCAAAAUCUGUGUGUUGAAGGAUUAUUUAAAAGCCUCAAGGAGAGAAUAUUGUUAAAACUUGAAUAUGAAUUUGGGGAAGGAGGACUAGUAAUAAACACAUUGCUUGAAUGUAAUCUGUUUACGGUUUCUAUAGAGAUUCUUGCUCCUAAACAUUUCAAUACGAGUGAAUGCUGUCAAAAAUAGACUUUUUUUCGUAACAAUGAAUGUAUUUGUUGGUUGACAUGUAUUUAAUUGCUGGCAAGCAGCUUUCUCUUGAGCCUCGUGGCAUGAGGGACGCCACCUCAUCCCUUUACGAUACAUUAUGUGAAGAGGAAAUACAAAACAGAGGACAAUAUUUCUCACUUGCUCGAUGCUGUUGUGUUUUCUUAUGUAUGCAUCUUGAAAUUUUUAUUCCAACUCAAUGAUUGUAUGAAAAAAGUUGUAUAUUUAACAGAUGAAAAUUAAAAUUUGGGAAUAUGAA